CAGUCUUUUUGGUGCCUCGAAUCCAAGAGGGCUCCCCCGUUGUCAACUGGUGUACGGCUCUACAGGUUAACGCGAUCAUGGAGCUGAAGCUACUACAGUCAAGUCAACUUGUAUACGCUCACAGACUCUCAUACAAAGGGUAAACACGUUACUGACGUGUUAUGACUAUGGACUACCUCUGGACCUGACUGUCCUGACUCACCUUGCACAGUUAAGCAGUAAUGUAAGCCAAAGUUGGUCUUUAAAACAUGUACCAGCCAGGCCGAAGCGGGAUUGCACCUGGCGUGUAGACGACCCUCGUUCUCCUACCUCCUCCUACCUGGGUGGAGGUCGUCAGAGCUGGACACCAUAAGCAUAUAUUUAAGGGUGUUUAUUGACCAGAAUAACUUCAUUGCAAAGAUUCGCUCAACUCCACUGUAGACCGACCAGGAGUCGCCUGCCUUGGAAAAAAAGGCCUGGUCGGCUGCAUCGAGCAUCAACGGCAUCGCUGACCUUCCUCCUUCGACUAAAAUGGACGACGUUGUCCAGAUACCCAGAACAGGCGGCGUCCUUCGGUUAUCAAAUUUUGGGGCGCUGGCGCUGACUCGGUCAAGCAGCUCCAUAGCGGCCUCCCUGCCGGGUAACCGAAUACCCGCGGGUCUCGACACGCCCACCUGCCUGCUGCCCCAACCGGGAGCUGUACCCCAGGGGAAGGGCUACGCCUCAGCUCGUCCUGAAUGCCUGACCGUCGUCGGCCUGCCCGGCGAAGACGCGGCUACCUUCAUCCCACUUGACAUCGAGCCGUACGAGCCGGCUAUGGAUGCCGUACAAGCUGCCGCCGUACAAGCCGCCGCAGCGAAUGCAACGCCUCGAACAGACGCUCUACCUCUCGGAUCCGAUUCCCUUCCGCCCCAGCAUUCGUCACAGCCUCCAUCGCCUCCUUCCACGGCCGGCUCGCCCCAUGCCACGGCCUCCUCGCCCCCUUACCUCGGGGUCGUGCCUAGACCACCCGCGGGCGCGGCUCCCGCCGCCCGCCGUUCCCUGGGGCGCCACCCCCUGCACCUCCUCGCCUCCCCGAGCAGCGGUACCGGUAGCGGCACCCACACCAUAUCCGCCGGGGUCCCGCCAACGCCUAAAACACCGCCGUCAGCGCUCACCUCCCCGCAAGCCUCAAUCGGGCCGAGUACCCCCGCCGGUCUGGAUGUCUUUGCUGCUGCUUCGCCUGCCACCAUUGACACCCCCCACCUCAGUGGCACCGCCGCCUCCUCCUGCGCCUCCUCUUCCUCCUCCUCUGCAGCGGCGGCGGCGGCAGCGGCAGCGGCCGCCUAUAAUGCUGACUGCUGCAGCAGUAGCGGCAGCAGCAGCGGCGGGAUCUCCAAGUCCACCCUAGCCUUCCUAGACCCCACCAAGCCGGCCUUGCGACGACGUCUUCCGCCGCUCUGGCGGGCGACCAACGCAUUGUACGACAGCCCUGCGGGCGCUGACGUGUCGCCACCGUCGCUUGCCACCCUCACCGGCGGUGGUAGCGUUAGCGGCGGUAUCGAUGUCCCAGCCCUUGGUUACGGCGGGGCUGCAGCCGUCCCCUUGCCGUCCCCGUCUGCCCCCCCCGCCGGGGGGUGCAGUGCAGGCAGUGCAUGCAUGGGCGGCGGCUCUGUGCUAGGUAGCCGCCCCAGCGGCGGCGGCGCCUCCACAACCUCGUAUGGUG